GCCAACCUGCAACAUUGUAUCAGUCACUGCUCAGCCUGCCAGCCUCCGUGUAUGGGAGUCACUGUCCCCGGGACUGGUAGUCAGUGGAUCCCGGUCCCCGGCUGCUGCGGGUGCAGCGCAAUGUUUCCCACCAUAGACGUGUUACGGAUACAGCGGAAGAGACCGCCUCUCUUCUCGUCAGAUCCAUACAGUUUGUAUAAAGAAAACGCAGUUAAAGCCAGCUUGUAUGAAAAUAAACAAGGCCUCCCUGGCCCAUCCAUGAUCUAUGAUAAACCUCCGCAACACCCAAGAACACCAAACCGCAAUAAUAUGCCUCAUCCAAUCAACAUUAAGUUCAUUGAGAACAAUGUCAGGUUUCUGAAUAAGCCUAUUGCUUUCGUGAGUACUGCAAGCACUAAGUACAAGCAGUCAGAGUGGUGGCCCACCGAGCAGUCAAGUGUGAGUCUACACAAGCCCCCCUAUGACCUGAUGACAACCCAGAGGACUGACUUCUACGAGCAGCCUUAUUGUGGUCGCCAGACACGACACGGUAACAAUCCAUCCUCACCACCACCACAAGGAAUAGUUCCACUUGCAUCUCCCAAAGGCCAGGAUCGCCUUCCGAAAUUAUUUCAGGAACAGAUCUCCUUCACGCAUCAAUACAAUUCACGGGUAACUCCCAAUGAACCAAUACGGGGGAAGCGUCAUGGAUGCUUCCUCUUGAGAGAAAUAAACAACAGCGCACCCCAUGGAUACCUCAGAAGUGGAGUCAGAGGGGAGAAACCUGGAAUAACCAGAGGAAACCCAUGCAAACAUGGGGAGAACAUGCAAACUCAACAAAAACAGGGCGUUUACCGGAAUCCAACCCAAGACACCAGAGCUAUGAGUCAGUAAAGCUAACCACUACGCCAACUGUGCUGAAUCUGCUGAAAUCGAAGGUACCAAAAGAAAGUGCAACCCAUGUAAACAUUGAUUCCUCUGCUGUGAGAGAUUACUCUAGAAGUGCAAUCUUUAUUCAGCUGCUGAUGAGAAUGUGCCUGUGGCAUGUGAGUGUCUACUGACUCAUUCCCGCAAGUGGCAUGUGGAAGAUCAUUCGGCAAACUGAAAGUCAGAAAGACACGGCUGCUGCUUGCAUUGGCACAAGACCGGCUUGAAGCACUUAUGAUCCUGUCUGGAGAGCGAGAUCUUUUGGAAUUAGCUCAGUUUCAAGAUGUGCUGGAAAUUGUCCGUGAAAGUUCACCACUAAUGAGACCUUUGUUAAAUAAAUGAGCAAUCUGCAGUGUUUUAAGAUGU